AUGAAUCCAAGUGAUCGGUUAACUCCUAUGAAGUCUAAAUCAAGCUCAAAACGAAUUCUUUCUUCAGAAGAUCCAUUUUCUUUUGACAGAAAAUUGAAUUUUUCGUCUGAAUCUAAACAAUCGCGUAAAGAAACCAAACUCAAGCUUUCAACUUCCUGUGAAGAAAAUAAUUCCUUAGUCCUAUUUAAUCAAAAUGCUUUUUGGCUGAGAAUUCUGUUUAAAACAAUUUGAAAGGAUCUUUAAUUUUUUUUUAUUUUAAUUAAAAUAAAUUUUAUAAUGCAGUUAUUAUUAAAUAAAUCUUUGAUAUAAAUUUUAGUUUCCAAUAAAACACAUAAUUUACUAACAAAAUUUUCAGAGGUGAGCUAGAAAAUAUUUCUCUCUCCAACGAUCAAAACUUAAAAAUCUUAAAAGAAACCCAAAUUGUCAUCCUGGAAAUCGCACAAGCUCUCAAUCCCAAAUCCAAAUACAGCCUCAAACUCUCUCCUCAAGAGCUUGCUCUAGAUAUCUUGAAUUUAUCAUCAAGAAAAGGAAAAGCGAAUUCUCAAGAAGCAGACCAUUUGAGAUCUCUUCUUUUAGGCUUAAACGAAAAAUUGAAAGCCUUCCAAUUAAUUGAGUUGCGGCUUGAAGAAUUUCGGAGCCAAGCACUGGAAAGCCUCGAAGAAAGAGAAAACCUUGAACGCGCUAUUGAGGAAACCUCUUUUGAUAUAGAGCACAAAAGAAAGCAGCAGGAUGAGUUCUUAACUAAAAUUAGAGGAGAAAGAGACAAAAAUGCCAAAGCGUUAUUGGAGCUCCAAACUAAAUUUAAAGAGAAAUGCAAAAUAGAGGAAAAGCUAAUAAAUGAAAACGAAAUUCUUAAAACAGAAAUAGGCAAAUUAAAAGCAGAAGCACAAAACUUUGAAAAUAUGCAAGAUAUGAUCGGAAAACUGAAGGAAAGGAUACAAGUGGAGGAAAAUAAAAGGAAAGAACUGAGAGAGCUCUAUAAAGACUCAAUAAACGAAUUUGACAACAAGUCUAAAGAAUAUGAUCGUGAAAUCAAUAAGAUAAAGACGGAUAAUGCAGAUUUAUUAAAAGACUUGAAUAAUUUGAAGAUUGAAAGGCAUGGGCUAAUUUCUCAAAACGAAAACAAAGAAAACCAAAUAUUGAACUUGCAGUCAGAAAAGCAAAAAUUCUUUGCAGAGAUAAAUGGAUUAAAAGAUCAAGCCGCCAAGGCAAAACAGAUGGAAGAUCUCGCAAAAAAAUUUCAAGGAGAAUGUGCUUCUCUGAGCUCAAAACUAAAGGACAUGGCUGAAAAACACUCAAGCUCUUACCAAGAACUAACUAAAUCCCCACUCUCUGUCAACGAACACAAAAAAAAAUUUGUUCGCUAGCAGAGGGGGCUAAUUUUUUUGUGAAAUUUUAAAAAAAUCCCAGUUCGCAAAAAUUGGAGAGGAAAUAUUAAUUUAAUUUGUAAAAUUUUAUUUUAAAAUGCAAGCUGUAUAAAAUUCAACAGAUUUACCUAGAGAUUUCAUUACGAUAAUUAUAAAUUAUAUAAAUAAUUUUUUUUUCAUAUAUUAGACAUUUUUUGUUUGCUCACGGAAGGUGGUUUUUACCAAAAAUUGGUAUUUUUUCAAUGGCUUUGCAGGGGAGGAGUAAGCAGAAAAAUGAAAUUUUAGCAAAAAAUAAAACUCUGUGCUCCGAAAAUGAUUCAUUAAAAGAAAAAAUCCAAAAUCAAGACUCCUUGCUUCAGCAGUCAGAAAACGGUCUAAAAGAGCUUUCUUCUCACUUUCUCGAAGUUGAGCAGCAGCUAGUCUUACAAAACGACACAAAUUCUCUUAAAGAAGAAGUCAAAAAAGUCCAUAACUCAGCCAAUUCUGUUAUAAAUAAAUUAUCCAAUGAUAUUGAAACAAUGGGCCUCUCCUAUCUCAAAAACGCCGAAAACAAUUUAGUCCAGCAAAGGGCGCUUAAAGAAAUGAACUCAAUAAUCAAUGAUAAUGAAGCUGAAAUAGAAGCACUCAAAGAUGUCAUCACUGAGCUGAGAAAAAACAUCCCUGUAUAUAUCCCAGUAAAAAAUGACCCAAUAGAUGCAGCUAUGGCUGAUUAUGUAAACACUAGGGACAGACCUUUAGAUAUUCCUUUCAUAAGAGAAGAUGAAGGCUUGUAUUCCUAUGGGACAAAGCGCGUAUUUGUAAAGCUUGAAAACGGGAAACUUAUAAGUAAUUGUUAUUUAGUAAGAGUUGGAGGAGGAUUUAUGCUCAUUGAUAAGUUCCUGGAAAUCUAUACUAUUCAGGAGAUAGAAAAAUUUGAAAAUAGAAAGAAAGCUGAGGCAAAUGAAAAAAGAAGAAGCUUAAUGGGAAAAUUUGCGAGCUCGAUAAGUAUUUCUUAUGUAGUUAACGAAAAAUCUUCGGGAAGGACAAGUUUAUCACCGAGAAAAGCAACUAGCUCCUCUCUCCGUGAAUGAACAAAACCAUUAGAAAAAUAGCUAUUUUUUGCCCAAAAAUCCACCCUUUGUGAGUGAACAAAAAUUUUUUUAAUAGAAAAAAUUUUUAUGGAAAAAUUUUUGAUAUAUAGUAAUAAUUACUAUAAUGAAAUCUAGGGCUAAUUCUAUUUAAUUUUAAACAAAUUACUUUUUAAAACAUAAAUUUUAUAAAUUAAAUUAAUAUUUGCUUUCCAAUUUUUACGAAUUAGAAUUUUUUUAAAUUUCGAAAAAAAAAAUUUUUAUAAAUUUUUUCGAAAAAAAAACAAAUUAACCCCCCCUCCAUGAUGAACAAAAUUUUUUGGUUAACUCACGGAGGCGGGGAGUAAGAUUUUACAAGAAGCUCUUGGUAAUGGAAAUUCAAAAUUUGCAACAUGCUUUGCUGUUCAGAGAAGAAGUAAUUCAAGCAGAUCGCUAAUUCAAACAGCAAGAGAGCCAGAAUCUCCAAUAAAGCGAGCUGGUACAAAAAAAGGUACUUUUUUGGAUAAUAUUCAACGGUCUCCUUAA